UCGUCAAUAAAAUAACGGCUCUUUUGUCCAUUGUCUGUAAUCGCUGGUCGUUGGGCCCCUCAAGAACCACCACGUCAUCCCUUGAUACUAAUCAUAUUUUCUUUUCAUCCCAAACGACCGUUACACAAACAACUCUCUGUCUCUUCUUCACUACCACCAUUCCACCAUUCUCACACACACACACACACUCUUCUCAUUGCUCUACUCUCCCUAAAAUGACAGUAGCAAAUGCUGCCACAAAGCACUGCAAGAAAGCUAUGAAGAUGGGUUUAUCUCUCUUUUGCAGAACCUUCAAUUCUUCUAAAUGCAAGACAAUGGCGAAGAUGACUGUGGCCAGGAUAAAGUUGCUUAGGAACAAGAGGGAGGUGGUUGUGAGGCAAAUGAGGAGAGACAUUGCUAUGCUUCUUGAGUCUCGUCAAGAUGCUACUGCUCGUAUUCGGGUUGAACAUGUGAUAAGAGAACAAAAUAUAUUGCAAGCAAAUGAGUUCCUCGAACUCUUCUGUGAACUUAUUGUGGCUAGACUUCCUAUCAUUGCGAAGCAAAGGCAAUGUCCAGCUGAUCUGAAAGAGGGGAUAGCAAGUUUGAUUUUUGCAGCCCCCCGGUGCUCAGAUAUCCCAGAAUUAAUGGGAAUUAAAGAUAUUUUUGAGAAGAAAUAUGGUAAAGAUUUUGUUUCAGCGGCCACUGAUCUACGACCCGAUGCUGGUGUAAAUCGAAUGCUCAUCGAAAAGCUCUCUGUGAAAACUCCAAGUGGUCAAGUCAAACUAAAGAUCAUGAAAGAAAUAGCCAAGGAAUACCAGGUUGAAUGGGACACUGGAGAAUCGGAGACGGAGCUUCUCAAGCCACCGGAAGAGCGUAUAGUGCGUCUUUCUUUCAAAAUCCAUCUAUAUCCAUGUAUGAUGCCAAACAUGUUCGAUGAUCAUCUAACUAGUAUCUAUUCCUUUGAUCAGGAAGGACCAAAUGGCUUUGUAAGUGCAACUAGCUUACCCCUGAAGCCGACCUCAAAGCAACCUGCUGAGCCUAACAACCUUCUGAGGGCUUCAGAUGACGGAGAAUCAAAAGUUGCCAAAUUUGAUGACCCAGCUUCAGCUGCUAAAGCAGCUUCUGAAUCUGCUAAGCAAGCAAUUGCGGCUGCUGAAGCAGCUGCAUAUCUGGCCAGUAAAGAUGCAAAAGCAUCUUCUGCUGGUUAUCAUGACUCAAUGAACAAUGCACCUGUUGACAAUAUCCCUUUCAUUUCUGGUGCUCAGGCUCCUCCCAAGUUCUCGCGGAGUGACGUGGCACCACCUUCUCACGAGUCUAUAGUUGAUUUGUAUGAUAUGCACUGGCGUAGAAAGAACAUGAGGAAUUCUGAAAAUUCUCAUGGUUCUGCUGGUGAAGAGAUGCCAUUAGAUAUGAAAAGAUCAGAGAAGUUUUAUAGGAGACGUAGCUAUAAUGUUCCAUCCUCGAAUUCCAAUGCGAAGUAUGAUGAUUCAGACUGCGACGAGGAAAUUGAGAUGGAAGAUCCCCCAAGUCGUGGUAUCACAUAUCAACACAGCCCACCUAAUGAUACUGAUGGUGGAAAGUUCUAUAGAAGGCACAGCUACAAUGUUCCAUCAGCACAUUCAGGUAUCAAGUUUGAUGAAUCAGAUGGUGAUGAAGAGAUGGAAACUGAAGAAACCAUGAAAAGAACCAACCGAGCCCCUAACAGGCCUGCACCGCAAGUACCCCGGGUUCAUCCCAAAUUGCCUGACUAUGACACACUUACUGCUCGCUUCGAAUCUCUCAAGUCCCAGAAAUUUCGUUAGAUUAUCCAGGAUUCGUGGAAUCAGAUAUAUUUUGUGCCAGUCAUAUAAUAGUAUACAGUACAGAAACCAAAUGAUAUGUUAAAUGGUUCGCUUAUAAUAUGUAGCAUAAUUUCAUGGAGUUUACUUAUCCUUUUGUGUCACUUUAAUAAAUAUUGGUGUAAUAAAUCUUGCAUAUCCAUUUUGCAAGGUUGUCCA